AUGAACGAAGAAGAUGAUAUUACUUCAGUUGGAGACCUGGACUUUGAAGAUUCUGGUUCCGAAUAUCUCCCAUCACCUACGCCCUCAUCAGGCAAUGACGACGACUCGAAAGAAGUCCAGCAAUGCAGUAUUAAUUCAGCCACAACAACUUUACCACAGCCCAUGCCAAGCACAUCAACAGCAGAGCUUCAAUUAAGCUUGUCUGAACAGGGAUCAGCUGAAACUACCAAUGAAACCCCUGUCCUCAAAAGCAGAAAGCGUGUAAAAAGGCCUGAGACUUGGCAGCGAAAUGUGCUUAAGUUAAAACGAGCAAAAGGCGAACAAUAUGAAAAUCACAAAAAGAACGUUAUUCCUGCGAAGACAGCCAAAAUAGGGGAAUGUCUAUGUCCUAAAAAAUGUCAUCUGAAGAUAAAUGAAGACAGUCAACUGGAAAUAUUCCGAAGCUUUUAUGCAUUAGCAAAUUUUGACAUUCAAAAUGCAUUACUGUUCUCGUUAGUUAGAGUGACCAAUAAAUGCAGAAGCUACACAGGAAGAGAGGACUCAAGAAGACAUAAAACACAUAUCUAUCAUUUACUGAAUUAUGAUGGUGUUGAAGUUCUGUAUUCCAACAAUGAGGAAGCACUAUUUGAUGAAGUCAGUGUAAAAAAGGCAGUCGGUGGCCUUAACACAACUAGAUCAUCUACAUUGGAAAAACCAAUUAUUGCUGAAAAAAAGAAAAAAGACCUUCAUGAACUUUUGCAGUUCGUCCCACCAGUUCAUCACACUUUUUAUAAAACACUAAAAAGUUCCAACAGUGUCCAGGAUGAAGCUUAUUAUAAUGAAACAGAUGAAGAUUAA